AUUUCUUUUUUUUCAAAGUAUUGUUUUGUUACUUUUUUAUAUUCUCUAUAUAUCUAGGACUCAGUAGCAGAUCGAAAUUUUCAAAGAAAAUGAAUUAAAAAUUCGUUUUUUUUUACGUAGUCGAUAAAGAGUAGAUCGACAAAUUUCGAGGGCUUUCUCUUGUAUUUUCUCUUCUUCUUCUUGCCCAGAAGAACAAAAAUACAUAAAAAGCAAAGGGCUUUUGUGGGUUGGUGGCAAAAAAAAUUUCAGAAAUUUAUUCAAGAUUAUAUAUUGGGAAAAAGGAAAAUUGAUUCUUGAAGUUGAAAUUUUUUAGUUUGAAGAUUAGUUGUACGAAAUGAGUUCAGAUCUGAUAGCUAACACACAUGGUAACCUGGAUGAGCAGAUUUCUCAGCUUAUGCAGUGCAAGCCUCUAUCUGAGCCUGAGGUUAGAGCAUUAUGUGAGAAGGCUAAGGAGAUACUAAUGGAAGAAAGUAAUGUUCAGCCAGUAAAAAGCCCUGUGACUAUAUGUGGUGAUAUUCAUGGGCAGUUCCAUGAUCUUGCUGAACUUUUUAGGAUUGGUGGACAGUGUCCAGAUACAAAUUAUCUGUUUAUGGGUGAUUACGUUGACCGUGGAUAUUAUUCGGUUGAAACAGUUACUCUAUUGGUAGCUCUGAAAGUGCGUUAUCCUCAACGACUAACAAUUCUUAGAGGAAAUCAUGAAAGCCGACAGAUCACACAAGUCUAUGGGUUCUACGAUGAAUGCUUGCGGAAGUAUGGCAAUGCUAAUGUUUGGAAAACAUUUACUGAUCUAUUUGAUUAUUUUCCUUUGACGGCAUUGGUUGAAUCCGAAAUUUUUUGUUUGCAUGGAGGACUGUCUCCAUCUAUUGAAACCCUUGAUAAUGUACGAAGUUUCGACCGUGUCCAAGAAGUUCCUCAUGAAGGGGCCAUGUGUGAUCUUUUGUGGUCAGACCCAGAUGAUCGUUGUGGUUGGGGUAUGUCACCCCGGGGUGCUGGAUACACUUUUGGGCAGGACAUAUCUGAGCAAUUUCACCAUACCAAUAAUCUAAAGCUGAUUGCUCGAGCUCAUCAGCUGGUUAUGGAGGGAUAUAACUGGAGCCAUGAACAAAAAGUUGUCACUAUAUUUAGUGCACCAAAUUAUUGUUAUCGAUGUGGAAACAUGGCCUCUAUUUUGGAAGUUGAUGACUGCAGAGGGCACACAUUUAUCCAGUUUGAUCCAGCUCCAAGAAGGGGAGAACCGGAUGUAACACGAAGAACCCCUGAUUACUUCUUAUAAAUGUGAUGGAGAGCAAUAUCUAUUGUCUGCCAAGUGCUGUUUUUUGCGAUAACUUCCAUCUAUUGUCGAGAUGUGAGUGCAUUUAUGGCAAAGCUAGUAGGCUGCUCCCGGGAGGUAAUCCGAGGAUAAAGAGGCUUGACCAGGUCCCCUUGGUUAAAGUCAUAUUCUAACCUAUGUUAGGAAUAUUAGAGUGGAGAAGUGCAGCCAGCAAUGCUGUUAUGUAUGAUUUCAUGAAGACUUGUUUUCUGUUGUUCCUUUCCAUGCUCUGAUUUUCAGUCUUAGUGUGAUAAUUUUGUCAUAUGUUGGUUGCAAGGAAGUCUCUUGUGUAAAGUUAAGAAUCAUCUACUUUACAUUGUAACUUUUACCUUGUUAAUGCAGCUCAUCCUUUCUUUCU